GCCCCCGCGGUGCUUGCGGCCAGGAAGGGUAAACUGACUACAACUCCCAGAGGCAGUACGGCCUCAGCCGCGGGCCCUUCAGUUCCCAGGGCGACCCGGGCCCUCGGGCGGAAGCGGCGGGAUCCGACGGCCUUCGGGGGCCGGAGUGGGCGUCGCGGGGGUUUGCACCGUGGACUCGCGGUCGGCGCUGCCGCUUCUGCCCACCUCCUCCACACCCUGCUCUGGGCCGCCAUGAAGGACUCGCUGGUGCUGCUGGGCCGCGUCCCGGCACACCCGGACUCCCGUUGCUGGUUCUUGGCCUGGAACCCCGCGGGAACCCUGCUGGCGUCGUGCGGUGGUGACCGUAGCGUCCGCAUCUGGGGCACGGAAGGUGACAGCUGGAUCUGCAAAUCUGUCCUUUCUGAAGGCCACCAGCGCACUGUGCGGAAGGUGGCCUGGUCUCCCUGUGGCAAUUACCUGGCCUCUGCCAGUUUCGAUGCUACCACUUGCAUUUGGAAAAAGAACCAGGAUGACUUUGAGUGUGUAACUACUCUGGAGGGCCAUGAAAAUGAGGUCAAGUCAGUGGCCUGGGCCCCUUCCGGCAACCUCCUUGCCACCUGCAGCCGAGAUAAGAGUGUGUGGGUCUGGGAAGUUGAUGAAGAAGAUGAGUAUGAAUGUGUCAGUGUCCUCAACUCUCAUACACAGGAUGUCAAGCAUGUGGUUUGGCACCCAAGCCAGGAGCUGUUAGCCUCUGCAAGCUAUGAUGACACAGUGAAGCUCUACCGGGAGGAAGAGGAUGAUUGGGUGUGCUGUGCCACCCUCGAAGGCCAUGAAUCCACUGUGUGGAGCUUAGCCUUUGACCCCAGUGGCCAGCGCUUGGCAUCUUGCAGCGAUGACCGUACUGUGCGUAUCUGGCGUCAGUAUCCACCGGACAACGAGCAAGGGGUGGCAUGCAGCGGCUCUGACCCCAGCUGGAAAUGUAUCUGCACUUUGUCGGGCUUCCACUCCAGGACCAUUUACGACGUUGCUUGGUGUCAGCUGACAGGGGCCCUGGCUACAGCUUGUGGGGAUGAUGCCAUCCGUGUGUUUGAGGAGGAUCCCAGCUCAGAUCCACAGCAGCCCACCUUCUCCCUGACAGCCCACUUGCCUCAGGCCCAUUCCCAGGAUGUCAACUGUGUGGCCUGGAACCCUAAGGAGCAGGGGCUCCUGGCCUCCUGCAGUGAUGACGGGGAGGUGGCCUUCUGGAAGUAUCAGCGACCAGAAGGCAUCUGAGCCACCUUGACUUUGGACAGAAUCAUGGUUCCCCAGAAAAUGUCUUAAGACUUUCCCAGCCCCAAGAGGACCUGGAAGGAGCAUCCUUGACCUUCAUCUUAACUUGGCUCUCUUCCAUUCAGACUUGGGUAGAAGUGCGGAGCCACAGAAACACUCACUCUCCCCCCCUUUGACACGGGGCCCUUCGUAAAGAGCUACAGAACAUCAGUGCGUCAUGGUUAUGCCACAGAUUUUGCCUGCUUCAGGGCACAGUGUUCAAUUUUGAGGGGUGAAUAUAGUAUUUAUAGUCACCAUAUCUUCUGUGUAGAAGGGGUACAUCUUAGGCUUUUCGGAAAUUGGAAGCUUUAUAGAAAUAGGUCAUCUGAGUCCCAAGUCCUCUUUCAUAAGGACAUUCACAACUUGAAAGAAUUCCAUGGUGAGCCCUUUUCAGAAAUGAGUCCUACCUUCCUGAUUUCUGGGUAAAUUCUUACAUUUAAGACAUUCAAUCAGUAUUGAAGGAAAUUUUUUAACGUAGGCUGGCUUAGAGUAAGACAUGCUUCUGCUUUCCCUUAGAAACUUGUGUAUCUUCUGUGCCAUCAUGCUGUGGUGGCAACUGGAAAUGCUGAAAAGUAAAUGGGGAAGGGUGUGAAGCCUAAGAGGGAGUUAUUACUGGCUACAGGUCAUACAUUCUCAGUGGGGCUGAAAAUCAGUUCUUGGGUAGGGGGCAAAAAAAUUGUAGAGACCAUAAUUAGUGGCUCUCUAAUGAACCACUACUAUUAAAUUUUCAUGCUAUGGGCAAAUAGAAAAAAGACCUAUAGUAAGGCUCAUUAGGGGCAUGAUAAUGAAAAAAGGUAGAGAAUCACUCCUUAAGCUAUCACUUUGAUCUCAUUCAAAUUGUCUUCUGGAAGUCACUUCCAAAUGGGUUUUGACUUGAGGACUGUCCCCAAAACUACAGCCUUCACCGGAUACCACAGAAAUCACCACCUUAGAUUUUGAAAAGACAGCUGAGGCGGUGCCUAGCACAGUGGCUCUCAGAGGUUGGUCCCAAGAGCCUCUUAGGGGACCUGUGUGGUCAGCUGUGGCAGGAGUCAAAGCAGCGGCACCCCAUACUAGUGGUCAGUCUUCACUGCCUUGCCCUCACCUCGCUUAGAAAUGUCCUGGAUAGAACCAAUUAAAAACUGUGUUAAAUCUUGACCUUGAGAACACAGCUAACAUGCUGACAGUGGGAAGCAGGAUAAAGCCCUUGCGCCACACACUCAACUAAGAUUGUCUUGACGAAAAGCAGUUGUGCAAGCUAAACUGUCCUCGUGGCCCCAUCUUGAAAAAACUAGCAAAUUAUGUUACUUAGACUUGGCUUAUCUGGUAGACUUUUUCUGGGAAAUGGAUGGAGUGGAGGCUUUCACUUAAGGGAAACUCGUAGCGUUGCUAAUGAAAAAAUAAAGCUCUCAAGCAAAAAAUAAAAUUUUCAAAAACUUUUAUUGCCACCAUGAGCUUGACGUCUUCCCUAGGCUUAGACUUUUCUGAUGAGAUUGGUGGUAUCAACAGAUUUGGAAGAUACGCCUAAAUCAGUGAACCAACAUUUUCCAAAUGUCUAAUGCAUGAUAUUACAAAAUCUUUCAUGGUUAAGAAAUUUAUUAAAAGGGUAAGACCAAAUAAAAAUCUUUAAAAAGUGGGGGGGAGGGCACCUGGGUGACUCAGUAGUUAAACAUCUGCCUUCUGC